UCACAAACAAAGUUUAAGAUUGUGUUUCGGAUAUGUUUGCCUAGUAAAAGAUAAGAUAGAUUUUCCUGUCACGUUAUUUCGCUUUAAUAUUAAAUGAAAUAACAGUUUAAAAAAAAAUUUAUCCAUUUCAUUAUGAAUCUUGAUGGUUAUUAUAUGUAAAAAAUGAAUUUUUCGAAUUCGAAUCGUUUCAUGGUGAUUUUAUGUUGUUGCGCCCUCGUAGUGUUUAUUUAUAUAUUCUUUCAACCUAAAUGUGUAGAAAAAGUGGACCCUUAUAAUUAUUGGCUAUUGGAAAAACUUAAUAUGAAAGAAAAAAAUGAAAGUGAAAAUGUUACAAAUCGGUAUUUGCAUAAUCCGUUAUUAAGGAUUCAACAACGAGGUGAAUACUGGGUUUUUUAUAACUUAUUAACUUCAAAAAGAACUUUCGCGCAAUUUGAAAGUAUUACAUACACCACUCAUGGAGAUUUUACAUUCUUGGACAAUUUACCACCAUUGUUAGAACGAUGGAGAGGUCCCAUUGGAGUCGCUUUAUACGCCCCUGGAGAUGAUUUUAAAAGCUCCGUUGACUCGAUUCAUUAUUUAAGAGACUGUACAACGUAUUUAAUCGAGGAAUAUGUUACGUUUCACGUUUUCUUUAAAGGAGAGCACCAUCCGAAAGAGAUUCCAAAUUUGAAUGAAGUCUUUAGUUCUGCAUACAACUGUAGCAUUGAUCCAAGUUUUAAAACAAUAAAUUCGGAAAAAACCUACAAAGCAUUGAACAACCUAACAUAUCCGGUCAAUGUAGCAAGAAACAUUGCAAAAGAAUCAUCCCAAACAUAUUUUGUUUUAGCUUCAGAUAUCGAGCUUUAUCCAAGCUUAAAUAUAAUUGAAAAUUUUUUAGAAAUGAUUAAUAAAAGCCAAAUAAUCUUUUCAAAUAAAAAUCCAAUGGUGUUUCCAUUAAAUUUAUUUGAGGUGGAAAAAGAUGCUAAUAUUCCUGGAACAAAAACAGAAUUAUUAAUCAUGUUAAAGGAUAAAAAGGCGAUUAACUUUCAUCAAUACGUGUGCGCUGCAUGCCAUAACACACCGAAAUAUAGUGAAUGGAUUGAUACCAAAGAAACUGAAGGUUUAAACGUAUUUCAUGUAGGCAAAAGAUUCGGUCCAUUUGCAAAAUGGGAACCAAUUUAUAUUGGAACAAAAGAUGAUCCGAUUUAUGAUGAAAGAUUAAGCUGGGAAGGAAAAAGUGAUAAAAUGACACAAGGGUACAUUUUGUGUGUUAAAGAUUAUGACAUGAUGAUUUUAGAUAACGCUUUCUUGGUUCAUAAGCCAGGUAUUAAAGUCUUUAAAAACGAUCCAGGUCGAAAUGUUCAUGUAUAUAACACGGCAAAUUUGAUUAACAAUGUUAUUAAGAAAGAACUUGAGAUUUUAUUCGGUGUUAAAGAAGGUUGUAUAAUAUAAUUAAGAACUUAGAAAAAUAUUUGUAAAUAAAUUAUUAAAAGAA